AUGGUCCUAUCGAGAGUAAGAGCGCCACAUCCUGACAGCCUAGAAGUAGCUAAGUUAGCUGCUCAAAAGAGGUUGAGGCAGCUCUUUCGUAUCUGCUUACGGUCCCGCAACUUUUACUUCGCCACUCGUGGUAGGGAUGUAUUCUGGCAGUUUGUGAGUGAGCAUUGGGACGUCUUCGAGUAUUUAGCCCCAGCGAAUGUCACCGCUCUUGUCCGAGCCAACGAGGAAAUACGGGACGACGGCCUCGAAGGCGUCCUAAAGGGUAGAUUGAAGAAGUUGGUAGAUAGAUUCACGAUGAUGCACAAAGAAAUGCUCUCACGAGACCGCAAACGCCUUUACCGGAUCACACUUCGUCCUUCCACUAUCUUAUCCACCGCCCGUAGAAACAGUAGGCAAGUCAGCAGUUAUUUGCUCUCUGCGGCCUCCAUUCCGUGGCCGCCCACACACUUUACGAAGCAAGAGAUUGUCUGGUUCUGUCACGAUCACGUACUAUCCCAAGUCUACGGCCUAACCUCAGAUACGAAACUCACGAAAGCCGCGCAAUUUCCUCAGAUACCCGAUGCGUAUACACAUCCUCUUGAUGUCCGCCUCUUUCUGGCGUUCACCGCUCUCAUAAACAUUAGCAGCAAUCGCAACAUUUCCAUCUGUAUGACGCCAAUAACAUUCUGGGAUGACGACGAGCGCAGCGAUUGGUUUCACGCAACUGCUGGGGCCUCGAAGUUCUGCUGGACAACAUGGGACUUCUGCCAAUGGGCAAAGAAAGAGUUCGAAAGGGGACGUGAAACAGUGAUUGGCCUUUGCCACUUUUCGAAGACAGCUCCUCGGUACAGUGUCGGAGUUUUGAUUCGAAAGUUGGAAAAGGACAGUUACGAGUUUAUCAUGGAAGAUGCUCACCAUCACCGCGUGUCUGCCAAUCCUGGCUACUACAGAGAUAAAUAUGGCGUCUAUCCUGAUACAGGCAUGGACUUCAAAGCUGCCCUUCUUGAGGAUGUCGCUGCCCAUUUCAACAUUACUUCGUUCUGGCGCGGCGGGGAUGUGCCAAAUGCAUUUGCCGACUUCGGUAUUGGCCUUCGCGACACGGUGUCCACGUCUUGUAGCUUCGUCUUCUUGGCGGCUCAAGGGAAGGUGCCGACGCAGAACUUGUAUCAAGAUGGUUGGAACUUUUCGCGAGGCAUCCCGAAGAAAAUGCAAUACUGGGAGGAACAAGAUGAGGAAUUGACGGAGGAAGAGUUGACCGACUGGGACGAUGAUGAUAGUGACUAUCGUGAUGACUAA